UGAGGAUUGUUUCCUUGUUGUCAGCUACCUAGAUGCAUACGGCGGUGUGGCGUUUGUGGGGAUAUCAUGUUUAUGAAAUGGAUAGGGUUUAUCUAGAGUCAAAGUGUGCGUAGAAUGCGCACUGUGUGAUUAUAGCUUCUAUGAUGCCGCUAGUGGUUAAGCAUUCACCUUACCUUUGUACGAAGUCGGAAUAUAAGAACAUUCACCAUUGCCAGAUCUCACUUUAACAACGAUACACACAACACCAUGGUAUCUACAUCAUACCUCGAAACCGUCCUCGAAUAUAGUCCCAGCGAGACGCAGUCUCCCUCCCACCCGCGGACUCUAAUUUUCUCUUACCUCAAUACCCACUCCCUGCUCUCACUUCGCAGCUGCUCCCGCACUCUCAAGGAGAUCACGUCUCUCUACGCUCUCGAAGCCUUCAAAUACCUACAGCUGAUCUUCAAAGCCGGCGCCUUUUGCCCCGCCGCCAUCGCCGCCCUCGGUCGCAUCGGCACACUCUGCACACAUCUGACAAUAACGCUCCGUCACUCAGACUCCACCGUGCUGACGCUGCCGCCGCGGCUUCCCGAGGACAAAGACCGAAUCUUCUCCUUCUUCCACAUUCCCCGCGACGGAUUCUGGGAUGAGACCGGCCGGUACCGGCUGGAGGAGCACACCAACCUCGUGGUCGCCGAGGCGGAGGCGCAGGGGCUUUGGGAAGAGGCGUCGAGAGUCGCCGGCUGGGCUCGCGUGUUCGGCGCCCUACCAGGAUUGAAGAGGGUCGAUAUUGUUACGCUGGGCGAACCCGUGGGGAAGGGGCUCGCGAGGGAUGUCGUUGACGAGGCGCUCAUCUCGGUGCGCCAUGUGAUGGAGGAUCGCUCGCUGGUUAGGGGGCUGACCGGGUGGGGAUACAGUGGACAUGCUUGUGGGGUGUGGGUGCUAAAUCCGGAGAUGGCGUGGGAGGGGCGCGGGGUUAGGAAGUCGUGGUGGGCGCGGUUGACGGAGGUGGAUAUGAUGAUGACCAGGGAGAGUUUGGUCGGCAUGAAGUCGUGGGAGACUGGUGCGGUGGAUAGGGCGUGGAGGACGGUAUUGAAGGCGAUGUCUGGCAAGCUGGUGAAGCUGUCGGUUGCGAUGACGGGAAUUGGCCCAGGUCUGGCGUGUCCACUUGUCGAAGAGACGCUCGAGUUUCCGAAGCUGAAGGAGUUGACGACGAGUGGGUUUUUUGUUGCGUGGAAUAACCACGGUGGGUUUGAAGGCCUAUUGGGGCGGAGGGCGAGGAAUGUCAAGCUGUGGAUUGUUGAGGGGAUGCGGUGGAUGGAGGGCGAGCAGGGGUGGGUUAACAUCUGGGAGGAGUGGGAUGCCCUGCAGUGGACGCGGGGAUUUGAGCUGGUAGUUAUGAGGAGAAAGGGGACAUGGGAAUCCGAUUUGUAUUAGCAGCGGGCUGCGACACUCUGGUUAUUUUAACUGAAGUUUCCAAGGUCAAUCGAAUGAUGUGACUGGUUGAACCGACUUGU